CUCUCCACUUGUUCUUCUCCAGCUUGGGCAGAAAGGUUCUACAUUGUGAUCAUCAUCAUGAGCGCCAGCUUCUCCAGCCGCAGCUUCGUCUCCUCCUCCUCCUCUUCUUUGAGGAGCAGUUCAGCUCUACGCCUUGGAAGCUCCCUAGGAGCCGGCAGCAUGUAUGGAGGAGCCGGAGGGUCUGGAGUGCUCAUCUCUACCGCCAAAAAUGUUGGAUGUGGCUUCAACCUCGCCGACGCUGUUGACGUUACAGCCAAUGAGAAGCUGACGAUGCAGAACCUGAACGAGCGUCUGGCCACCUACCUGGACAAGGUGCGCUUGCUGGAGAAGGCCAACGCUGAACUGGAGCUCAAGAUCCGCCAGUUCCUUGAGGGCAAGGCCUCCCCUGCAGCCCGAGACUACUCCGCCUACUUUGCCACCAUCGGAGACCUCCAGACCAAGAUUCAAGGUGCCAUCACUGUGAAUGGAGGGCUGUACCUCAACAUCGAUAAUGCCAAACUUGCUGCUGAUGACUUCAGAGUAAAGUAUGAGAACGAGCUGGCCAUGAGGCAGUCAGUGGAGGCCGACAUCUUUGGGCUGAGGAAGGUUCUGGAUGACUUAACAUUGGCCAGAUCAGAUCUGGAGAUGCAGAUUGAGGGUUUGAAAGACGAGCUAAUCUAUCUGAAGAAGAACCAUGAGGAGGAGCUUCUGUUGGCGCGCUCUCAGAUGAGUGGACAGGUGAACGUGGAGGUUGAUGCUGCACCACAGCAAGACCUGAAUGCAAUCUUGGCUGGAAUCCGUGAGCAUUACGAAUCUGUGGCCACUAAGAACCGAAAGGAAAUUGAGGCCUGGUUCCAGAAUAAGAGUGAAGCACUGAACAAAGAGGUGGCCAUCAGCACAGAAACACUCCAGAUGUCCAGAUCUGAGAUCACAGAAGUCAAGCGCACACUUCAAAGUCUGCAAAUUGAACUUCAGUCACAGCUUAGCAUGAAAUCCUCUCUCGAAAACACUCUGGCUGAGACACAGAACCGUUAUGCACAAAUGCUCGCCGGCUAUCAGGUUCAGGUGACCAGUCUGGAGGAGCAGCUGGUGCAGCUUCGUUCUGAUCUCUCUCGCCAAUCCCAAGAGUAUCAGGUGCUGCUGGACAUCAAGUCCAGACUGGAGAUUGAGAUUGCAGAGUACAGGAGACUGCUGGAUGGAGAAGCGACCACUAGCACCACAACCAGCUCUAGUUCCACCACUCGGAAGGUUGUGAUUGUCACAGAGGAAGUGGUGGAUGGUAAAGUGGUCAGCUCCUCCAGUACUUCUCAGAGCAAAACCAUCACUAAGUAACCGUGUUGAGUCUCAAUACAGCAACGAGAUGAUUUCCAUCCCUGUGAAAUUCUUUCUCAAUGCUUAUAAAGACAAAUAAAGUCAAGCCAAAGCA